ACAGAAUAUUCUAGAUAUUUCAUACUAAUUUUCAUUAUUUGAGAAGCCUUGAAAACAUACCUAGGGACUCUAUCACUCAUGAGAGAUAACUAUAUUUUGGUUAUACCUGGCUAGGACCACCAUAUUUAUCAUAGAGCUACCUGCUAGGUACCUUACCAUCACGCCCGCCGUUUCAAACUAAUCACUCAGCACUUUGAGCCGGGAGCUGAGAGUACGAGAUAAGAUGGUGCUAGCUUUUAACGUAGAGACGCUCAACGGUCUUUGCUCCAAAGAUCAGCUCGAGCUCCUCGAUUCUAUCGACCACUUGCGCCUCCAGGGCAUCGAUCACUACAUUUCUCUACCGCAGAUCAUUGUAUGCGGCGAUCAAUCUUCUGGAAAGAGCUCGGUACUCGAGGCUAUUUCAGGAGUGUUAGACAUCGGUCUUCCUCCAAGUCAGUAACUAGAGGUUUAUAAGAUCGGGAUUCGGCCCGUUAAGUCCCCGUAAGGGUCUUAUUGGCCGUUAGUCUUAGGAAUAGGACGGAUAAAGAGCUUUAUUUAUAUAUAUACCGUAUUCUCCAUAGCGAGAGUAUUAAGAGCUUUUCGCGUAA